AUGGCCUUCCGACACAAAUCCUUGGACAAGGCCAACUCCAUCCGCCUUUUCACAUUGCAUCCCGGCAAGUUCAACGAUGAGCUCGUCGGCGUCACCAGCGUUUGGAACUUCCCUGGAAGUGGCUGUCCCGAAUAUACCUUCCUCUCCUACACAUGGAACGACACGUCCGACGCCGCGGCAAGUCUGCCGUUGGCCAUGUCUGACCAAGAUUGGAACCGACAGGAAAAAACGCGGACAAUCACGAUCGACGACCAGCCGUUCAAAAUACACCACAAUCUUGCCCUGGCCCUGCUAUACUUACGCUCUCAAACGUCCACAAACUACGCCCAAACCUGUCUUAUGCCCGCCAUCGUGACCGAGGCCGGAGCCGUCAUCGCUUGGCUCGGGCCUGAUGAGCCUAGGCUAUACCAGGCAUUGGAGUCCGACAACGACAAGUGGAACCGCAUGAGAAUCAACUGGAACAACGGCAGAAUCAAAUUCCUCCCGGCCAUCAUGCAUAAAGUGGGCGGGUUUGAGGUCAAAACAACCCCUCGGCAUUGCGUCCAGACCAUGGCCCUUGAACGGAACGACUACUGGAACCGCCUCUGGGUUCUUCACGAACUGUCUAAUGCCAAGAGAGUCUUCUUCGUUUGCGGAAAGAAUGUUUGGCGCGAAGAGGAUCUCGACAGCUACACCCAUUUCUUUGGAGGACGUCCAUUCGCGUCCACUCUAAAUGGGCGCAAAUACAAAAACAGGAGGCUACCUCUGGAAAGCCUUUUGCUCAAGUACCACUCAUAUGAGUCUCGUGAGCCGCUCGACCGGGUCUACGCUUUGAUCGGUUUGUCGUCUGACACGAUCGCGACCGCUUCAGGUCUAGACAUCGACACCGCGAACUCCAACUCCAACGUUCCCGAGACCGGUACACCCCUCACACGCGUGACCAUCGAUUAUAGGAGAACCCAUUACGAGACCUGGAAAGACUUGGUGCGAUGCAAAGUCGGAACAGUCACCGACUUGACACAUGUUGGAGAAGCAGAAGAUGGGCCAAGAAUCAACAUUGUUCGCUUCGCAGCCAUCAUCCAAAACGCGCUUGGUCGUCUUGAUAACGAAGCCCAUCUUGAAAAGCUUGAGGUCUCUCCGUACCUGACGCGCUUUUCGGACAACUGCAUCAUCGCAAAGGGCUACUUUGCUGGAUACGUCCAUCUCAUCGGACCAAGCUACAAAGAAAUCACCCUCGCUCAUGAUCAACAAACUCCGCCGGAUAAGCUCGAGCGAACCGCGUCGUCGAACUCAGAUGACGGGCUCAGUUUCCUUGACCAACACCGCGGUUGGGUCUGGGGCGAAGGCGUGGAGAACAACGAUUUCAAAUUCACACAGGCGUGUUGCAUGGCAGCUAAAGCUAAGAAGCUGCCAAGCAUACAGACUGGCGAUCUCGUGCGCUUCAUCGGCACCGACCACAGCGUCGGCUUCGCUUCGUCGGCGGCCGGUAUCGAGGAGGGGGAUCGCAUUGUUGCGUUCCAGGGCUGCCACGUCGGCUUCAUCGUCCGUUCACUCGCCUCUUCUACCUACCUGCGUAUCAUAAGCCAGGUCCACGUUGAAACCGCGCACCGAACGGUACGCCUCAUGAACCACCACGGGGGCGACUACCGCUUUCCCGGUUAG